CAUAUUUAUUAUUUUGUCAAGCAAUACUCCUACACUACAGAGAGAUCGGUCAUUUACUAACUAACCUAUAGAGCAGGAGGUAGGGUCCUCACUUUUAAAUAUCGAUAUACGUGUCUAUGGUAAAUGAACUAGUGAGGUGCUGUAUAGAUUUGUUGUAUAUGUUUAUUGUUAUUUUUGUGUACAUUUAGUGCUAGUGUUGUCUCUAGUAAAUUGAAGUGUUUAUAACAUAGAAUUAUCGGAAAUAGUAUAACAAUGGGCGAUGCUGAUGCAGAAAAUCAAAAGGCAGAAUCAAAACAGAACAAACAAGAACACAUAAACAAUAUUCAAGCUGAAGAACAACAAAAUAAAGAUGGCAAGGAAAUUGGCAGUGGUGAACAAGCAAAUAACGACAGUAGAGAGGAAAAUAAUAAUACAAAGAAAGCCGAGGAAAAAAUGUCACGAUACAGUGAAAAUAUAAUGAUAUCUAGCUCCAAUAUUGGGAUGUCUAAUGAGAAAAACAGUAAAGAAGCAACAUUGCUAGCUGAAUCCACAACGGUAGUCAGAUUUUCACCAAUAUGGAGACAGUCCCUGGCAGCAAUGGCUUCGAUAUUUCUGAGCUUCACCGCUGGCCUUACGUCAGGGUACUCCGCUAUUUUGCUACCUCAGCUCGAACUGUCUGGCAGUCCGAUAGCAAUCGACGAGAGUACGAAAUCUUGGAUAGCUGCAAUGGCCGCAUUGCCUAUGGCACCAGGGUGUCUCCUAUCUGGAUGGCUUAUGGAGAAAUUUGGAAGAAAAACAUCGCACUACAUUGUUUGUGCACCAUUUCUGCUUGGUUGGAUUCUCAUUGCUUGCGCAAACAACCUAAUAUUAAUGCUACUAGGAAGAUUUUUUACAGGACUAUGCGUUGGUUUACUAGGCCCUCUUGGACCUGUUUAUAUUGGAGAAACAUCAGAUCCAAAAUAUAGAGGAUUCUUUCUCGCCGGUGUAUCUUUAGCCAUUGCUGUAGGUAUAUUUGUUGCUCAUCUAAUUGGAACAUUCAUUGCAUGGAAAUGGACUGCAACGAUAUGUUGCCUAUUCCCAGUUUUAACUGCAGUGUUACUAGCAUUCAUACCUGAAAGUCCAACUUGGUUGAUUUCUAAAGGAAACAUUGAGAAAGGUGCUCAAUCAUUCAAUUGGUUAAGAGGCUACAGUGAAGAAGCGAAUAAUGAGUUGAAAGGUAUUAUUGAGAGCAAGAAACUGGUUGAUGCUGAACCUACAAUGAAUUGGAAAGAGAAAAUGAUAAGUCUAAAGAGCCCAGAAUUGUUAAAACCUUUGUUCAUAAUGAUUACAUUUUUCAUAACUAACCAAUUUUCUGGAGUAAACGCCGUGGCGUUUUAUUCUAUUGAAAUUGUAGAGAAAGCUGUCGGUAAAGGGCUAAAUCAUUAUAUGGUUAUGUUAAUAAUAGACGCUUUAAGAGUUGUCAUGUCAGUUAUUGCAUGUAUAAUAUGCAAACAGUAUGGUCGAAGACCAUUGUGUUUUAUCAGUGGAAUUUUCACAGCCCUCUCAAUGGUAGGGUUGUCCAUGUACUUGUAUUGGAAACCACCAAAUCUCACUUGGAUACCGAUGGUAUUUUUGAUGCUGUAUAUUUGCGCUAUAUCCAUAGGUUUGGUUCCAUUACCAUGGAUCAUGUGUGGUGAAGUAUUUCCAACGAGAGUUCGAGGACUAGGAUCUGGCAUCAGUUCAGCCACGACUUUUGCAGCAUUUUUCGCAGUGGUCAAAACAGCUCCAGGAAUGAUGACACAUUUGGGAGAAGUGACUACUUUCCUGAUUUAUGGAAUUAUAGCGUUUGUAGGUACUGGUUUAAUGUACUUCAUACUACCGGAAACUAAAGGGAAAAGUUUGCAAGAGAUCGAAGAAAAGUUUAAAAGCAAGAAAGACAUAAGUGAAAAUACUAAGGUGUAGUUUUAGUUAUUUAUUUCUUAGGGUUUGAAUUGCUUAAAGCGAACAUUUAUAAUCUGUGAUACUCGUGGUCUUAAAUGACGUUUACUAAGUGUACUAUUAUUAUAGUUCUUUUUUAACUAUUGUUUUUUUUAUAUUUUUUUUUUCUAUACAAAUACAGGAAGAGUUUGCAUUUUUUUCUGU